GGGGGUGGCGGCUAGGGCGAAGGAACCUGCAAGUACCGACCCACGCGCCCGCCACCGGCUGCAGCGCAGCCUCCUCUGCCGAGCCUCCCUCCAUCCCCGGGCAUCGCCGCAGCCCCUGCGGCAAAGCCGACUCCAAACACCAAGCAGAGAGGCCUGCGGCCCCCGAACGCCCCUCCACCCGCGCCCGCCCUCGCCCCGGCGGGAGCGAUGCUAAUUGCCAGGACCAGCGCGGAGCGGCGGCCCCCGCCGGGCCGAGCGCGCUGACGGAGCCGCCGUAGACUGUGGUUUGGUGCCUGCUCCCCAAAGCUAACUUCAGCAUGCUCAAAAGGAAGCAGAGCUCCAGGGUGGAAGCCCAGCCGGUCACCGACUUUGGUCCUGACGAAUCUCUGUCCGACAACGCUGACAUCCUCUGGAUUAACAAGCCAUGGGUCCACUCUCUGCUGCGCAUCUGUGCCAUCAUCAGCGUCAUCUCUGUGUGUAUGAACACGCCGAUGACCUUCGAGCACUACCCUCCUCUCCAGUAUGUGACCUUUACUCUGGAUACUUUGUUGAUGUUCCUGUACACGGCAGAGAUGAUAGCAAAGAUGCACAUCCGUGGUAUUGUCAAGGGGGAUAGUUCCUAUGUGAAAGAUCGCUGGUGUGUUUUUGAUGGAUUUAUGGUCUUUUGCAUUUGGGUUUCGCUGGUGUUACAGGUGUUUGAAAUUGCUGAUAUAGUUGAUCAGAUGUCACCUUGGGGCAUGUUGCGGAUCCCAAGGCCACUAAUUAUGAUCCGGGCAUUCCGAAUUUAUUUCCGUUUUGAGCUGCCAAGGACCAGGAUUACAAAUAUUUUAAAGCGAUCAGGAGAACAAAUAUGGAGUGUUUCAAUUUUCCUACUUUUCUUUCUACUUCUUUAUGGAAUUUUGGGAGUUCAGAUGUUUGGAACGUUUACCUAUCACUGUGUAGUGAAUGACACGAAGCCAGGGAAUGUAACCUGGAAUAGCUUAGCUAUCCCAGAUACACACUGCUCACCUGAGCUAGAAGAAGGCUACCAGUGCCCCCCUGGAUUUAAAUGCCUGGACCUUGAAGAUCUGGGACUUAGCAGGCAAGAGCUGGGCUACAGUGGCUUUAAUGAGAUAGGCACCAGCAUCUUCACGGUCUAUGAGGCUGCCUCUCAGGAAGGCUGGGUGUUCCUCAUGUACAGAGCUAUUGACAGCUUUCCCCGCUGGCGCUCCUACUUCUAUUUCAUCACCCUGAUUUUCUUCCUUGCCUGGCUUGUUAAGAAUGUAUUUAUCGCCGUCAUCAUUGAAACAUUUGCAGAAAUCAGAGUUCAAUUUCAACAAAUGUGGGGAUCAAGGAGCAGCACGACCUCCACAGCUACCACGCAGAUGUUUCACGAAGAUGCUGCUGGUGGUUGGCAGCUGGUAGCUGUGGAUGUCAACAAGCCCCAGGGACGUGCCCCAGCCUGCCUCCAGAAAAUGAUGCGGUCGUCGGUUUUCCACAUGUUCAUUCUGAGCAUGGUGACCGUGGACGUCAUAGUCGCGGCCAGCAACUACUACAAAGGCGAGAACUUCAGAAGGCAGUACGACGAGUUCUACCUUGCAGAGGUGGCCUUUACAGUUCUUUUUGAUUUGGAAGCUCUUCUGAAGAUAUGGUGUCUGGGAUUUACUGGAUAUAUUAGCUCAUCUCUCCACAAAUUUGAGUUACUACUUGUCAUUGGAACUACUCUUCAUGUGUAUCCGGAUCUUUAUCAUUCUCAAUUCACGUACUUUCAGGUUCUUCGGGUAGUUCGGCUUAUUAAGAUUUCUCCUGCAUUAGAAGACUUUGUCUACAAGAUCUUUGGUCCUGGGAAAAAGCUCGGGAGUCUGGUUGUGUUCACUGCCAGCCUCUUGAUUGUUAUGUCAGCGAUUAGUUUGCAAAUGUUCUGCUUUGUUGAAGAACUGGACAGAUUUACAACAUUUCCAAGGGCAUUUAUGUCCAUGUUCCAGAUCCUCACCCAGGAAGGAUGGGUAGACGUCAUGGACCAAACUCUAAAUGCUGUGGGACACAUGUGGGCACCUGUGGUGGCCAUCUAUUUCAUUCUCUACCAUCUGUUUGCUACUCUGAUCCUCCUGAGUUUGUUUGUUGCUGUUAUUUUGGACAACUUAGAACUUGAUGAAGAUCUAAAGAAGCUUAAACAAUUAAAGCAAAGUGAAGCAAACGCAGACACCAAAGAAAAGCUCCCUUUGCGCCUGAGAAUCUUUGAAAAGUUUCCAAACAGACCGCAAAUGGUGAAAAUCUCAAAACUUCCUUCAGAUUUUACAGUUCCUAAAAUCAGGGAAAGUUUUAUGAAGCAGUUUAUUGAUCGCCAGCAACAGGAUACUUGCUGUCUCUUCAGAAUCCUCCCCUCGACCUCUUCCUCAUCCUGUGAUCACUCCAAACGGUCAGCCAUUGAAGACAACAAAUACAUUGACCAAAAACUUCGCAAAUCUGUUUUCAGCAUCAGGGCAAGGAACCUUCUGGAAAAGGAGACCGCAGUCACUAAAAUCUUAAGAGCUUGCACUCGACAGCGCAUGCUGAGUGGAUCAUUCGAGGGGCAACCGGCAAAGGAAAGGUCGAUUCUCAGCGUGCAGCAUCACAUCCGCCAAGAGCGCAGGUCACUAAGACAUGGAUCGAACAGCCAGAGGAUCAGCAGGGGGAAAUCCCUUGAAACCCUGACUCAAGAUCACUCCAAUACAGUGAGAUACAGAAAUGCACAAAGAGAAGACAGUGAAAUAAAGAUGAUUCAGGAAAAAAAGGAGCAAGCCGAGAUGAAAAGGAAAGUGCAGGAAGAGGAGCUGAGAGAGAACCACCCGUACUUCGACAAGCCGCUGUUCAUCGUGGGGCGUGAGCACAGGUUCAGGAACCUGUGCCGCGUGGUGGUCCGCGCCCGCUUCAAUGCAUCCAAAACCGACCCUGUCACAGGAGCUGUGAAAAAUACAAAGUACCAUCAACUUUAUGAUUUGCUGGGACUGGUCACUUACCUGGACUGGGUAAUGAUCAUCGUAACCAUCUGCUCUUGCAUUUCCAUGAUGUUUGAGUCCCCGUUUCGAAGAGUCAUGCACGCACCUACUUUGCAGAUUGCCGAGUAUGUGUUUGUGAUAUUCAUGAGCAUUGAGCUUAAUCUGAAGAUUAUGGCAGAUGGCUUGUUUUUCACUCCAACUGCUGUCAUCAGGGACUUUGGUGGUGUAAUGGACAUAUUUAUUUAUCUCGUGAGCUUGAUAUUUCUUUGUUGGAUGCCUCAAAAUGUGCCCGCUGAGUCAGGAGCUCAGCUGCUAAUGGUUCUUCGGUGCCUGAGGCCUCUGCGGAUAUUCAAACUGGUGCCCCAGAUGAGGAAAGUUGUUCGAGAGCUUUUCAGCGGCUUCAAGGAAAUCUUCUUGGUCUCCAUACUCUUGCUGACAUUAAUGCUUGUUUUUGCAAGCUUUGGAGUUCAGCUUUUUGCUGGAAAACUAGCCAAGUGCAAUGACCCCAACAUUAUCAGAAGGGAAGAUUGUAACGGCAUAUUCAGAAUUAAUGUAAGUGUGUCCAAGAACUUAAAUUUAAAAUUAAGACCUGGAGAGAAGAAACCUGGAUUUUGGGUACCCCGUGUUUGGGCAAAUCCUCGGAACUUUAAUUUCGACAACGUGGGGAAUGCUAUGUUGGCAUUGUUUGAAGUUCUGUCCUUGAAAGGCUGGGUGGAAGUGAGGGAUGUUAUUAUUCAUCGCGUGGGGCCGAUCCAUGGAAUCUAUAUUCAUGUUUUCGUUUUCCUGGGUUGCAUGAUUGGACUGACACUUUUUGUUGGAGUAGUUAUUGCUAAUUUUAAUGAAAACAAGGGGACGGCUCUGCUGACGGUAGAUCAGAGGAGAUGGGAAGAUCUCAAGAGCAGACUGAAGAUCGCGCAGCCGCUUCAUCUCCCACCUCGCCCGGAUAAUGAUGGUUUUAGAGCUAAAAUGUACGACAUAACCCAGCACCCGUUUUUUAAGCGGACAAUUGCGUUACUUGUUCUGGCCCAAUCCGUGCUGCUGUCUGUCAAGUGGGACGUCGAGGACCCCGUGACCGUCCCUUUGGCAACAAUGUCGGUUGUGUUCACCUUCAUCUUUGUGCUAGAGGUUACUAUGAAGAUCAUAGCCAUGUCACCUGCAGGCUUCUGGCAAAGCAGAAGAAAUCGAUACGACCUCCUGGUGACGUCCCUCGGGGUGGUGUGGGUGGUGCUUCACUUCGCGCUCCUGAACGCCUAUACCUACAUGAUGGGCGCGUGCGUGAUUGUCUUCAGGUUUUUCUCCAUCUGUGGAAAACAUGUGACUCUGAAGAUGCUGCUCCUGACGGUGGUUGUCAGCAUGUACAAGAGCUUCUUCAUCAUUGUGGGGAUGUUCCUUCUGCUGCUGUGUUACGCUUUUGCUGGCGUGGUUCUCUUUGGUACCGUGAAAUACGGAGAGAACAUUAACAGGCAUGCGAACUUUUCUUCAGCUGGCAAAGCUAUUACUGUACUAUUCCGAAUUGUCACAGGUGAAGACUGGAACAAAAUCAUGCAUGAUUGUAUGGUCCAGCCCCCCUUUUGCACUCCAGAUGAGUUCACCUACUGGGCGACGGACUGUGGGAAUUAUGCGGGAGCACUUAUGUACUUCUGCUCAUUUUAUGUCAUCAUCGCCUACAUCAUGCUAAAUCUGCUCGUAGCCAUAAUAGUAGAGAACUUCUCCUUGUUUUAUUCCACCGAGGAGGACCAGCUUCUAAGUUACAACGAUCUUCGUCACUUUCAAAUCAUAUGGAAUAUGGUGGAUGAUAAAAGGGAGGGUGUGAUCCCCACAUUCCGCGUGAAGUUCCUGCUGCGGCUGCUGCGCGGGAGGCUGGAGGUGGACCUUGACAAGGACAAGCUCCUGUUUAAGCACAUGUGCUACGAGAUGGAGCGGCUGCACAACGGCGGUGACGUCACUUUCCACGACGUCCUGAGCAUGCUUUCCUACCGCUCUGUGGACAUCCGGAAGAGCCUGCAGCUGGAGGAGCUCCUGGCGCGGGAGCAGCUGGAGUACACCAUCGAGGAGGAGGUAGCCAAGCAGACCAUCCGCAUGUGGCUGAAGAAGUGUCUGAAGCGCAUCCGGGCUAAACAGCAGCAGUCCUGCAGCAUCAUCCACAGCCUGAGAGAGAGCCAGCAGCAAGAGCUGAGUCGCUUCCUGAACCCUCCCAGCAUCGAGACCACCCAGCCAAGUGAGGACGCCAACGCCAACAGCCAGGAUCGUAACAUGCCACCCAAGACGAGCAGCCAGCAGCAGCUCCUGAGCCCCACGCUGUCAGAUAGAGGAGGAAGUCGGCAGGACGCAUCCGAGACUGAGAAGCCCCAGAGGAAGGUCGGGCAGUGGUGUCGGCCCUCUGACCCCAGUCUACCAAGUCAGCCACCACCCGCCAUCACCUUCCCAUGCGGAGAGAGGAUAAAAAUGAAAUCCGUGGUGUGCAAGAUGAAUCCCGUGACGGACGCGGCCUCCUGCGGCUCUGAGGUGAAGAAGUGGUGGACGAGGCAGUUGACUGUGGAGAGCGACGAGAGUGGAGAUGACCUUCUGGAUGUCUAGGUGGAAAGUAUACAGAAGGAGGUCCAGCAGGGAAGACUGCUUUCUAAUAUUUUCAUUUAUUGUCCAGUGAGCAGCCCAUUAUUGAUAAAUAAUUUAAUUCCAACUGGGUGGAAGAUGUUUUCAGUUGGUUUUUGUCCUGCCACAGGAAGGCAUAAAGAUCCAUAGGUCAAAGUUGUGUCUGUUGGAUUAUUAUCAUAUAUCCAAGAAAAAUUGGGGUUGGGGGUAUAACUCAGUGGUAGAACACUUGCCUAGCAUUCAUGAGGCCUUGGGCUAGAUCCCCAGCACCACAAAAAGAUAAAAAAAAAAAAAAAAGAGUAUUUGUGUAAUGACAG